UUCCAAUUCUAUCCGUGAGAAACCGUCGUCAUAAGUUACAGAGGCGUAAGCUGAGUGAAGAAGAUCGAAGAAGCGUAAGAGAUUCCUGAAGCUGCUGAAGCAGAGUGUUCAAGAACCAUGUUACGUUGCCUUUGACUUUCUCUUAAACUUACUUUCUUUUUGUACACCGAUCCUAUCGCAGCGACUGUGGAACCUGUAGGUUACUGUCAUAACGCAACACCCGUCACAUCUUCCGAGAUCUUCGUAGUGCUUGGCAUCAUGCGGUCGUCAAUAAUUUCCAUCAGCCUGGUUUGCGCAAUCGGCGCACUGGCAACCCCCGUCGCCUCCAGACCUCCGAAGGCGUUGCAGCAGCACGAGGAUUCGCAGAACGCAAACUUCUUACUCGACAGCAACGCGAUCCCUUCAACGAUUAGCGAACACUUGAUGGGUUUCUUUUCAACGUUAACACCCGGCAUAUUGAGAAGCAUAUUAAAUAGCGGACGGUGGGCCGAGGAGACGCCGUACGAAUUUCAGCCAGACCCUGAUGUUAAAACCCAAACUCAGGGCUACCAAGGAUUGUAUAACGAAUUCCUCGAAUCGAGGAAGAGACGGCUAUAAUUGCAGAGUUAUUAAUGCACACGGAGUGUGAGGAGGACUUGUUUGGUUUUGAAAUAUAGCUGUAAGACAUUCCUUGCAUACUGAUCAGCUGUCUGCGGUUCAGUUUCAGGAAAAAUAACAUUACAAAUAAAGAAAAUCCCACCAGAGUUAAUUGAUAGUGUUAUAGUAAUACUGACUCGUUGCGGUGAAUUAAUUCUGAAUGUUUUAGGCAUAUUUUUUAUCUGAUUAAUACCUCAACCUGAUUAAUCCUGAUGGAGUGGAAUGACUGAAGCCGCCAAUCUAAUGCAUAUAAUUACGUAAAAAGUAGUUAAAAAACCGUAUCACACCAAUUAAAAUAUGUGCUUGAUUCACACAUUCGUAAUCGGGGCUCAGCAGUAUUUCGUAAAUAUUAUUAUAACGCUGUAAUGAUCAAGGUUUAUAGAUCGAGUUUGAAUUUGAGAUGAACGAUUUGAUGACUUAGACCCAACGCACAAUUGGAGCCAAAAUCCGGCCGCAAUGAGCUAUUUCUGUACAUUCUACUACCAUUAAGUAUCAAACGGUUCAUUUGCAUAGGAAUGCAAACUUUCUAUAUUGAUAUUUCACAAUUACUAACGAUAAGUAUUAGAGAGUAAGAAAUAAUAUAAGCAUGUAUAUAUACACAAU